AUGGGUUGUGUGACAUCGAAACAAACAGUCUCAGUGACGCCGGCGGUGGAUCAUUCCGGGGCUUUUCGCGACAAUGCGGCGGCGGGUUCUUGCCGGAGUAUAGAUGGGAAUGGUGGUGGUGGUGGUGGUGGUGAUGUGGUGGCGCAGUUGGAGAACAACAAGAAGAGUAUGAAGAAGAAGAAGAAUGCAAGGAGUGAGUCAGGGGUGAGUGGGAGCGAGUUGGGUGAGUCAGGGCGGACGAAUUGGACCAUCGGCGGCGGUGGUGGUGCCGGCGAGUCGGUGAGUUUUAGGUUGGGUAAUAUGCAUAGGUAUGUUGAAGUAGAGCAAGUGGCUGCCGGUUGGCCGGCGUGGCUGAGUGCAGUUGCCGGUGAAGCCAUCCAUGGCUGGGUGCCUCUCAGAGCUGAAUCCUUUGAGAAAUUAGAAAAGGUCGGGCAAGGUACAUACAGCAGCGUUUUUCGUGCUCGUGACCUAGAAGCCGGGAAGAUAGUUGCACUAAAAAAGGUGCGGUUUGACAAUUUUGAACCUGAAAGUGUUCGGUUUAUGGCUCGUGAAAUAGUGAUUCUCCGUAGGCUUAGCCAUCCGAACAUUAUGAAACUAGAUGGGAUAAUUACCUCGCAGUUAUCAUGUAGCAUAUACCUUGUUUUCGAGUACAUGGAACAUGAUAUUUCCGGACUCUUAUCAUCCCCCGACAUCAAAUUCACCGAAUCCCAGAUUAAAUGCUACAUGAAGCAGUUGUUAUCGGGGCUUGCUCAUUGUCAUUCACGGGGAGUAAUGCAUCGGGAUAUCAAAGGGGCGAAUCUUUUGGUAAAUAACGAAGGUGUUAUGAAAAUUGGCGAUUUUGGGUUGGCGAAUUUCUGUAAUGUGGCUCGGGAUAGGCGGCCGUUGACUAGUAAAGUUGUUACGUUAUGGUACCGUCCUCCUGAACUUUUAUUGGGAUCUACAGAUUAUGAUGCUUCGGUUGAUCUAUGGAGUAUCGGGUGUGUAUUUGCGGAGCUUCUUCGUGGUGUGCCGGUUCUUCAGGGUCGAACUGAGGUGGAACAAAUGCACAAAAUCUUUAAGCUUUGUGGAUCGCCGUGUGAUGAUUACUGGAAAAGGUCGAAACUUCCGCAUGCCACAUUGUUUAAACCGCAACUUCCCUAUGAAAGCCAUCUACCGGAAACCUUUAACGAUCUACCGAAGAACACUGUAGAUCUUAUCGAAACUUUGUUGUCCAUUGAACCAUAUAAGCGUGGGACUGCUUCCUCUGCUCUUGCAUCCGAGUACUUCACAACAUGGCCGUAUGCCUGUGAGCCAUCGAGCUUGCCAAAAUACCCUCCAAAUAAAGAGAUCGAUGCAAAGCAUCGCGAAGACUCAAAAAGGAAGAGGCCUGCUGGAAGAAACCGAGUGCCUGAAAUGUCACGAAGAUUACCUAGAAACCCGAAUGGCGUGUCUAAAUUGGCGCCUGAGGAGAAUUUGCCGGCCAGAACCGAAGGCAGGCACAAAAUCGUUGAAACUAGUUUAGAUCAUAAAAAAGACAAUGAUAUAAUCUUAGGUUUUGAGCCGCGAAAGCCGUUUGUAAACACAACAGACAGAGCGUCUCAAGGAGACAUUCCGUUUUCGGGUCCGUUACAAGUUUCAGGAUCAAGUGGUUUUGCAUGGGCAAGAAGGCGAUUCAAUGAUUCUUCAACUACAAGAUCACGCAGCAGGUCGAGUUCAAAAAGUCUUGUAUCCGAGUCUUCGGUUACAUUACAUCCAAGAGAGCCAAAACAUAGCGAAAAGAUUGAACGAACUGGUUCCAGAGGCCGUGAUUCCAAAGUUAAGAACUGGAGCCAUUUAGAGCUCGAUGGUCCAUCUGAUGGUUACCCCUCUCAAUAUCCGUCUAUCGCACUUUUUAAGAAAAUCGAUCUUAUUUAUCAAAAUCAAGAAGAUAAGGUUGAGUUUUCGGGUCCUUUGUUAACUCAAUCACACCAAAUCGAUGAACUUUUAGAGAGACAUGAACGCCAAGUUCGCCAAGCGGUUCGAAGAUCGUGGCUCCAAAGAGGUAGGAAGAAUGGCUGAUGAACAUAAAAUCUUCUUGAAUCGAAUAACUCGAUUCUCGAUUCUUGAAGAUCAAUGAAGAUCCUGAAGAACAAUUUCGAGAGUUUAAGACAACCAAUUGCUGAGAGUUCAUGAUCAAACGGAGAUGAUGGUCGUAGGGUUCUUCGAUCAUCGAUCAUCUUCCUCACUUUGGACCUCCAUUGAUUAGUUAAAGAGUAAUUUUUUUGAAUUUCAAUUUCUUUGUCAUAUAUAGAGGUGAUUGAAUAUGAAUGUACAGCUACUGAAAAAUUUGCAUGAAUUUUUAUGGUUUUGAGUAAUAUUCAACAAC